GAGUAGCUCAAAUGGCUCCAUGAUCUAUCUUCUCCCUCGUUUCUUUGCGACGCUGCUUUGAUUUCAUAUUUGGCGAUGUUUCUUCGAUCAUAUGGAGUGCACUCUGUUCAUAUAAAAUAUUAAUAAACCGUAUCUCUGCUCUGCCAUGAACCUCGAGAGCUUGAAACUUGCAGGCUUUUGGUCUUUUCAACGCUUUAAUAAAGUAUAUCAAAAUCUCGUCCACUUCUUCUUCUAAGCCUUCUUCACCGCACAAAUGGCUGCUUGAAUUCUCAUUUCCUCCAGACUUGCUUGUCUUGUGAUAUCUAUAAUCAAAUCCAUUGUGUUGACAUCUUUUUUUCCAGAAAGGAAGUGAUGCAGACUUCAAAACCCAGAAGUUCAUUGGAGGCACCCAAAAAGGUCUCUUUGAAAGCUGCUCGUCAAGUUAAGCCCACAGCAGUGAAGUGUGACUCCUCAUCUUCUUCCAAUCAAACAGGAAAGAUAUCCAAAGAGAGAAGCACUAAAAUCGUUGGCAGGUCACCCAGGACUCCACUGUCAGAGAAGAAGUGCCAAACCAGAAUAUCCGAGUUGGAAGCUCAGAUUUCUAUCCUUCAGAAGGAUCUUAAAAAGGCAAAGGAGCAACUACAUUCGUGCAAGUCACGGAAGGACCGAGUCCGAGUAGAUGCCGAGGUGUCCAGCGCACCGUCAAAUGCGAAGGAGCAUCGGCCAUCUUCUUCCAAGCGAGCACAAGAAGAUGAUCAAUCUCUGCACUCUACAUCUGAGGUCACCGAGAAGUCGGAACCUGUCGACUUGGUUGCCUCAGCCAUGGUAAACAUAAUGCAGCAUCUUAAGAUCAAACUUCAGGUAGUUGAUGAAUCCAAAACUUUUCAGAUGAACCAUGUGGGAUCUGUAAAUGAGAAGCACAGUAAAUUGAAGAACUUACUGUCAGAAACUCUCUCCCUUAUGGCAAGCAUGAAAAACCAACUCCAAGAUUGUGAAGUAUCUGAAACUCAGGUCCAAGCACUUAUAAGUGAAACCAUGGCUCAAGUGGAAACCGCUAAAGAAAUGGCGGAGUUGCUUGGAUCUGAUUCUACGAAAGCCUUUGAAGAUUGGAAUUCUGUUACUUCGGAGUUGGACGAGUCUCGGGAAUACGUAAACUCACUCGAAACGCUUGUUUGUAAACUCGAACCCGCCCUUGCAAAUGCUAGCAGAAAAGACUUGGAAAUACCAGAAGAUGAGACAAGGGAGUCAGAACAGCUUGAAACCGAUAUUUGCUCUCUUCAGUCAGAGGCAGAGCAGUUGAAAUCCGCUCGAGAGGCUGUCGAGGCAGAGUACGAGAGGGAACAACGUCAGUCUAUGCUUGAACCAAGAUCUGUCACAGAAGCUAAACAUGUGAAGUCUGAUACAAACUUAAGAGAAAUUGAACUCAAGAACGAGUUAGAGAAAUCAAGAGUUGAAAUAGAUGAAUUCAAGGCGAAGUUACUCGAGAGGGAAACCGAAUUAAGGAGCAUCACGGAAGAGAAUUUGGAGCUGAGUUGUAAGCUCGAGAAGAGCAUAUCGAGCCACAGAGUGUACGAACUAGAGAAAGAGCUGGAGGAUUUGAAGAACUGCAUUGCAGAUUUAAAGACUAAUCUCUUAGACAAAGAGACAGAAUUCCAAAGCAUAUCAGAGGAGAAUGAAAUGCUGAUAUCUGAAAUCAGUAAAAGGGACACAAUCAAGACGAACGUAAAGGACGAAACGACAACCGAACUAGCUACAUUGACAUCGACAACAAUAGAUAGAGGCGCCCAAGUUAAACUCGGAAUCCUCGCAGAAGAAGCUGAUCGAAGCACGAGCAGAAGAUCCAUAGGAGUGGCCGAACUCGAAGCAGCACAAGCAGCCAAUGCAGAAAUGGAGAUGGAACUAAGAACGCUGAAAGUGCAGUCGGAGCAAUGGAGGAAGGCGGCGGAGGCAGCUGCAGCCAUGAUUUCGGCUGGAAGCAACGGGGUAUCGGUAGGCAGAACGGGAUCGAUGGACAGCAACUACAACGGCAUUACCGGUAAGAUCGGUCCGCUAUAUUCGGUAGAUUCAGAUGAUGAUUUACUGAAAAAGAAAAAUGGGAAUGUACUGAGAAAGAUAGGGGUGCUUUGGAAGAAACCGCAGAAAUAGAAAUGAGGAUUGAUUGUAGUUGUCAUGUUUUUACCACCGCCAUUUUGAAUUCAGAAUGCUAUUAUUAAUAACUUAUAUGGUAGCAGUUAAUGCACUCUCUUAACUCUUUCCAUU